GACGAGUUGGUUUGUUGUCAACCGCGAAUUCACAGAUGUCUGCCGAACUCGACCCAGUCGUGCAUCACUCGCCAGCCAUGUCGGUCGCGGAGACUGUGUUACGUAAAGUUCUCGACAAAAUCAUCGAAGAUCUCAAAUAUAAACAUGCGGACUUAUCGCUGAAUCGGUUAAAUAGUGGGGGUGCAAACUACACAUCGGCCUUAUUCGCAGCCACCGUCACAGCACCACAACAUGACACCUUAAAACUUUUCGCCAAAGUAGCAGAUGUUAGUGGUAUCCUUAGAGAGAAAAUGCAUAUUGACAUCAUGUUCAAAACUGAGCACUUCGUGUACUCAGAUCUGGUGAAAGUGUAUGAGAGGAUCGAAGGCAGUCACAACAUCAGUCCGGAGCAUCGGUUCAUAUUCCCGAAGUUCUUCGGCAGCCACAACGUUGAGGGUGAAGAAACGAUCGUGAUGGAGGACCUGACGGCAGAAGGGUACGGCACUUACAGCAGGUUUAAGUGCAUAGACUGGGAGCACGCAGCGUCUGCAGUGGAGUACCUGGCGAGGUUCCACGCGUUAUCCUUUGCUUAUCGGAAGGAUGACCCUGAGAACUUCGCCAAAGACGUUGAAUCGUUGAAGCCUAAUCAGGCUGAUCAAAAUGAAGCAAAUGAAGGGAUGAAGGAUACUUGGAAGAAGAUGGUGUCAGCUGGUAUUCAAGUGACGAAGGAGGAACAUAGAGAUAAAUUACUAAAAAUACUAGAAGCGACUAAUGGUCGCGAAGUGUUUUUAAAGUUCAGGGCUUCGCUGAGCACUCCAGUGCUUUGUCAUGGUGACUACAGAGUUAGCAACUUAUUAUUCCGACGACAGAAUGGCCGCUUACAAUCGAUCGUGGUGGACUACCAGACAGUCCACUCCGGCUCACCAGCCGCAGACCUGCUGUACUUGGAGUUCAUGGGCACAGACCAGCAGUUCCGCAAGGAGUACCAUGGGAAACUCCUGGACCACUACUAUAAGGAACUGACAGCAGCGCUGGAUAGGUUUGGCAUCGAUGUCAAUGAGGUGUACCCCAGGGAAACGCUUGAUAAGGAGCUCAAACAGUUGGUGCCAUCAGCGCUGGUGAUCGCGAUGGUGGUGCUGCCUCUGGUCCUGGUGGAAGCCGAGCAUGCUCCCCACAUGGGCGGCAUCAAGGAGAUGUCGGACUUCGCCAUCUCGCCAGGAGAACUCUUUGCUGCGAGGUAUAGCGGCCUCGUCAGCGAUUGUGUGGCGUGGGGAUUUAUUUAGAACGAUCUCGAUUGGUGCUAAAGUUUGCAAGUGUUAGGUUAUGAAUUUAUUGUAGCUUAAGAACGUGUAAAAUAAUUGACGAUCUGACCUGGAUCCGCAUGCAUGUGAAUUUUGUUUUGCAGAAAUACUUACUUGUAGAGCAUUCUGUUGUUAAAGAAUAGUUUUUGAAAGCUAGAUUUUUUAUGUGAAAGGUUUAUGUUAUGUAUAACAUUUAGGUAUACUUUAAUUAUUACUGAUAGGCUUUAUUGCACACACAAAUGUUAUGUUAUGUACGGACAAAGAAGAGCUUUGAGUUUACCAUUUACAACAAGCUAUUAUAGCCAUAGGUUACUUUAUCUAGUGAUUCUCAGUGUGUGGCAGGCGCAGACUCCAUCAAGCAGGAGGUAGCGAAGAAGUAUUAUUGUUAUUACGAAAUUCUGUUGAUUGCUCUUCACGUUGGUGGAUUCUGAGCGUAAUGGUUGGAGUGAAAGAAUCUAAGGUUUAGAUCAUGAAAAUCGAAUAAACUUUUUCCGUAAAUGGUAGACAAGUAAUCAGAUAGAUUUUUUAUCAGAAUUUAUAUAGUUGAAUGAAUAUUUAUAGAUACCUAUCAAGAAUUUUAUCAAUUGAGUAUUUUCAAUUUUAUUCUUAUAAAGAAAACUAUAGCUAGUUAGAGCUGCAAGAAAAAACCGUAAUAUUUUGAGCAGCUAAUUGUAGAUGCGAAAGAUUUUUUAGUUAGAACUUUCACAAUACUUUUAUUUUGUGUUAUUAAGGGUAGGUUGUCUUUUAUACUUGUCAGAAAAUAAAUACAAGUAUAUUUAUACCUAUAUUUUAAUAAACAUAAUCACACAUAACUGUACGUAUACAGAAAAACCUAUAGUUUUUAGGUUCAAGAUUAAAUAACUUUCGUAAAGAAGACAUUAUUUACAUUGUAGGUACCUACCCGUACGUAUAGUUAAAUGUGUUUGUAGUAAUGUAAAGGAAUUAUCUUAGUUAAUUAUUCGUACUGUUGUAUAAUUUUGAAAUGCAAUUAAAAUAGAAGUAUUUACAAAUGUUUUGUUAUAAUAAAAAUAAUUGUACGAUAUAAA